CUCCUUCGACUCCUCAUCGCAUCUCACAACACCCCACAACCCACCCCAACCCAGCACGAUGUUCGCCCGCUCCGUCUCGACCUCGCUCCGCCAGGCCGUCGCCCGCCCCGCCGUCGCGUACCGCGCCGUCGCUGUGCGCGCGUACUCUGCCGAGGCGGACGCCGCCAAGCCCGCCGCCGAGGGCGAGCAGAGCGCCGACGAGAAGAAGAUUGCCGAGCUCGAGGCCAAGGUCAAGGAGCUGACCAAGGACAUCCAGUACCUCCGCGCCGACUACCAGACGCUCACGAGGCGGUCGGCCGACGAAAAGGUCAAGGCCCAGGACUUUGCCAUCCAGAGCUUUGCCAAGGCGCUGCUGUCGACCGCCGACGUGCUCUCCACGGCGCUCAAGCACGUCCCCCAGCCGAUCGAGAAGGGCACCCCCCUCGAGAGCUUCUACACGGGCGUCGAGCUCACCCGCAAGGGCCUGUUCCAGACGUUUGAGCUCAACGGCGUCAAGCCGAUGGAGCACCCCGUCGGCAAGCAGUUCGACCCCAACCACCACGACGCGACGUUCCAGGUGCCCCAGGAGGUCGCGCCCAAGCGGGCAGACGGCAGCGUGCGCGACAAGGGCGAGGUCAUCGACGUCGCCAAGGACGGAUGGCUCAUCAAGGACCGUGUCCUCCGCCCUGCGCAGGUCGGCGUCGUCCAGAUGGAGUAAGCGGGGUUUGGGUGAUGGUAGGGCUCGAAGGGAGGUUAAUAGAGCCGGCGGAGGGAGGGAGGUUCGGAAGAGACGAGAGACACAGACAGAGACAGACGGACCACAGAGCAGACAGCAAGCGUCAUGUGUAGGCCACUGGCAUAUCCUGUAUCACAGCAUCCAUUGCAUGCAGCACCACUUCUCACUUGCA